AUGGAAGAUUUGAAGUCGGGUUUCGAAGAGGUGGAUGGCGUACGCCUGGGCUACCUGAUGAUUCGGGGCAAGCAGAUGUUCCCCCUCUCGCAGGUCUUCACAGAUCUUCUGAAGAACAUCCCGCGCACCACGGUGCACAAGCGCAUGGAUCACCUGAAAGUCCAAAAGCACCAGUGCGACCUGGAGGAACUGCGGAAGCUCAAGUCCAUCAACUCCAUAGCUUUCCACGCAGCCAAAUGCACCCUCAUUUCCCGCGAGGACGUAGAGGCGCUUUAUACCUCGUGCAAGACCGAGCGCGUCCUGAGAACCAAGCGUCGGGGAGGUGCCAAGCCGGGCCAGGAGACCCUGCGCCCCGACCCCUACGCGGCUUUUUGGAAAGACGGAGGCAAACUUUGCGUGAGCUUGAAAGAAGGGACUACAAGCCAAGCCAGCAGCAGAAAGAAAGCAGCCUGGCGCAAGGCGGCGGCCGCGGCGGCGGCUGCACAAGCAGGAGCUUUUCUACCGGCCUCGGAUCUACCUCAUUUUUGGAGCAAAUCCGCCGGGCGCAGUUUGCCAAGCUUUGCCCCACCGCCUAGCAAUGAAGCUGUAAACUAUGAAACCGCCCAGCUUGGCCCCGGCUACGUCUCGCUGGCCACAGAAUCGGCUUGUUUUCGGAGCCUGCUCUGCUCCAAGCAUCCUCAUUACUACUACCAUUCCUCGGCCGCCAUUGCCACUCAGCCUAAAACUAAGCGGAAAAAGAGCACCGAAAGGCGUUUCUCUGGCGGGUGCGGGCGGCGUGUGGUGAUUCUGCCCCGAGCUUGCAAAGCAGCUCGGAGCGCCGUGGCGGAGAGGCUGCAUGGACUGCGUGGUUUUCUGACCCCGCAGCCUGCCCCGGUUUUCCCGGAACCUUACAGCAGCGAUUCGGAAUCCAGCUCCUAUUCGAAUCACGCAGACAACGACUCCGACUUCUGCUCCAGCCUGAGCAGCACCAGCAAUUCCGGUUCUUCUGAGGAGGAAGAGGAGGAAGACGAGGAGGACGAGGAGGAGGAGGAAGAGGAGGAAGGCAGCUGCGCCUCUGAUUCCAGUGAGCUCAGCUCUGACGAGGAAGAAGAGGAGGAAGAGGAAGAAGAGACCAGCUCCGAAUCUGAUUCCAGCUCCGGGUCCAGCCACGUCUCGGUCCAGAGUAUCCGCUUCAGGCGCACUAGCUUCUGCAAAUCGCCCACCCUCCAGACUUCAGCCAGCCUCGUGCCCCAUCCGCCUCAGUUUGCUAGCCACGAGGAGCUUCCAGGUCCAGCGCAAUUCGUCAAAUGCGAAGCGUCGGAAGAACCUGAGGAGUGGAAGAUCCCGGCUGGAUGGCUUUCAAAAGCUGAGCCGGGCUUGGACUGCACCACGCAUCCUGUCGGCAGUGCGUACUUAGGAUUGCUGGAGCAGCCCACGGAAGGGGCCAGUGGCGGUGAGGGAAGAUUCCUCUUGACUGGCGAGGACCACUCCACACUCGUGCCUGAGGUAAAGUCUCUUGACCUGCCUGGGGUCCCCUGGUUAGCCUGCGGUGACUCUUCUGUUAGCUUAAAGCCAAACCACAUUUUGCCCCAAGCAAGAUUUUUCGGAGAGGGCCAGACCUGCCAGCCUGCCCUUGCCUCUCACCCUCAUCCUUUUCCCCUUUCUCCAACUGGUGCAGACAGUAGCACUGCUGCCCUAACCCAUCUGCCCAAGGAGCUUCCGGGAAAUGUCCAGUUCAAUGAGAGAUCAGCCACUUGCCAGGGGACUGCUGCUGUUGCAAGUCCAGAUCUCCAAAGCCAUGUCCAGCUCCUCUCUUUUGUGCCCAUUGCCCAGAUCAAAGUUGAGGACAGCAGUGCUAAUGCUGAGUAUGGGGCUCUCCCAGUACAGAUCCCACUCAAAUGGGAAGAGAGUGACCAGGAGACCAAGGUGGAGGCAGACUGCCAGUCAUCACCACAGCCUGGUCCCACCCAGCAUCCUGGAACUCUUUUGCUGUCAGCCAAGGCAGACCCUACCUGCCUAGAGGACUGUCCUAGCCCUCUCAAGAGCACUCUGUGUCCAGCAUCUCUGAGCCGGACCCUUGCUGCAUGCACUUUAGGCAAUGCUUCUGCUGCCAAACCUGAGGAUGGAGAUUACAAAUUCGGAGCCCGGGUGAGGAAGAACUACCGCACCUUGGUGCUGGGCAAACGAGCCACCACACCGAGCCCAGCACCACUCAAGCCAAAUCUGAAAUCAGCACGCAACCCCCGGCCACCUCCAGGGAAACUCCCAGAGGCUCAAGAAGGCAGCUUGGAUGACUUAGCUGUUCUCAACCGACGCAAGAGGGUGGCUAGCAGUGUCACCUCCACCCUCAAGAGGCCAUUCAGUUUCAUGGGCAACUUUCCCUGCCCUCCCUCCUUGGUGGUUGGCCCAGAUGGAGAUCUCACACCAGCCUAUACCUUAAGCACCUCCAAGAGUGCCCAACCACCACCCAAGGCCCAUCCUAUCUGGAAAUGGCAGCUGGGUGGGCCACCAAUACCUCUUCCACCCAGCCACAAGUUCAGGAAACUGAACUAA